UAUAUGAACUAAAUUUUGAAAUAACCGCGCUAACGAUGCCAAUAGAGCGAGGACGACCAUCGCAACGGAUCCACGCCAGCGGAGUUGGCGGGUCACACCAAUCCUCGCAACGAUCUCACGGACGAUCCUCGUCGUCGUCUCGAACUUCAUUGCAUCGUUGCAAGGACUGCUGUCGAAAAUUUAUAUCUCUCAUGUGCACUCAAGUGGGGGUAGGAAGCUUGCUGAUAUCCUACGCCAUCGUAGGAGCUUUUGCUUUUGUUGCCAUCGAAGGCGAGAUGGGCAAAGCAACGACCAACAUGACUGUCGAGAUUCACAACCAGACGCUGGAGAACCUUUGGCGCCACACCUUGAAGUUCAACGUGUUGAACAGAACAAUGUGGUCGGAAGAAAUUGACAGAACUUUAAUAAUUUUCCAAAGGAGGGUUGUGAAGUCCAUCAUUAAAGAUGGAUAUGAAGUUAUGGACCCGAAAGAUAUAUGGACGUUUCCAGCAUCGUUGAUGUUUUGCCUCAGCGUAUUCACUAUGAUAGGAUAUGGACACAUGACCCCGAAGACUGUCCCUGGGAAAAUAUCGACUAUUCUCUAUGCAGUCAUUGGGAUACCUCUCUAUAUUGUCUACUUCAUGAACAUGGGCAGAGUUUUUGCUAAAACAUUCAAAUUUUUGUACCGAAGUAUCUACAGAUGCGUAAGCCAGGAAAAGAGGGAGGCAGAAGAAGAAGCGAGAUUAUCCGGUUGGGAGGAACCAGCAAUUCUAGUGCCAUCAACUGCUUGCGUUUGGGUUAUGAUUUUAUAUGUCGUUUUUGGUACAGUUAUGUUUGCGGAGUGGGAGAAUUGGUCGUAUCUAGAUUCGUGUUAUUUUUCUUUUACCUCUCUGGCAAAAAUCGGUAUCGGUGACAUCGUCCCGGGCAUCGGAAGCAACGGACAUACCAACGACAACGCUACCAAGCUCAUCAUAAACUCGAUGUAUCUGCUUGUAGGCAUGGGCCUAAUAGCAAUGUGCUAUACUCUUAUGAAAGAAGAAUUUCUGACUAAAAUUAACGCUGCUAAUGAAGAGUUCAAGGAAAAAGUCUACCUCUGUGGACUCAGGCUGGGUCUGAUCGUGGAAGACGAUGAAGAAGAUGACGAAGAAAUACGGCAUCUGCCAUCGAGGUCUAUGAAACCAAAUCGAAAAUCAGUUCGGCGCCGCUAGUCUUUUUCUGGAAUUGUUUUUUUUUUAUCGAUGUUAGAUA